AUGGCGGAUUUCGAGGUUGCACUGACUACAGAUGCUGUUGGAGAUACUUUCUGUAUAUCUCUAUGGGAUUUGGCCACGGGCAUGCAGCUAAAAGUUUACAAAGGAGGAUGCUGUCCUCCGCGGUGCGUCUGCUUGCUUGGUAAAGAUUAUAUCAUGGCGUCACAGGUUAAUAAACCAAUAAUCCACGUGUGGAAUACUGCGAAGGUAAACAAAUAUUAAAAUUCAGUCAUGUCUAUACUUUUCAAAGGAAGCCCAUUCUGCAAAUAUAUAUUCAGCUUCUUAAAUUCAAUCAUUUAUAAAUGAACAGUUUGUAGCAGUCCUGCGUAGUCCUUGUUCUGUGUGCUUGAUAUCAUAAGUGAGGCUAAGGGUUGCUCUGACAUAUGUACUACAAAUGAUGAUGAUGAUGAUGUUAAUGAUGAUAAUAAACUGAUGACGAUGAUCUUAGCAGUUUUUUGGAUGGUCACUCAAUAAACUAUUAACUGGCAGUCAUCAACGAAACCUGGAUCAUGGAUCAUAUCAACCCCUGUAACUCUAUCCUUAAGACCUUAAGUCAUUAGGGCCAUUUACACAAGGAAAAAUAAGACGCGUCUUACGUAAGAGGCAUCUUACAUAAGACGCGUCUUAAAUAAGACGCAUCUUAAAUAAGAUGCGAACUGUACCAUUUAUACGAGCAUAUCUUGUCUAAGACAAGAACAGCUCGUUUAAAUGGUUUGCGUCUUAUUUCUGUUCUUGACUCAUUUUCAUGUGAAUGUUGCUUGUAGCAACGGCAAUCCAACGUGGGGCGCCUAAAAUUUACGCAUGCGUACUAUACGUUCGCGUCUUAUGUAAGACGCGAAGGUCAUUUAUACGAAGUUUUUCUCGUCUUAGCUAAGACCCGUCUUAUCUAAGAACAGGUAUUAAAGGCUGUUCUAAAAUAAGACGCGUCUUAUUUUAGACCAAAUGUGCCGUUUAUACGGAAAGUUGAGAAAAACUUCGUAUAAAUGACCUUCGCGUCUUACAUAAGGCGCGAACGUAUAGUACGCAUGCGUCUUAUGUAAGACGCGUCUUUUCCUCGCAUAAAUGGCCCUAUUAAGUGACUUAUGUACCAGUCAAUUCCAAAACCGCCCAUAAGUCAGAAGUGUCUACAUUGGCUAGAGUUUCAGAAAUCACAUUCCUGUUUGUUUGUUCAUAGGAGUCAGUUCAGACCAGACUUAUUUGUCCCGGAAAAGUAACAUCUGUGACGUGUUCCCCUGAUGGCACUUACUGUGUGGCAGCUUGUGGAGAAAAGAUUUAUGUCUGGCAGGUACUUCUGAUGGUCACCCCUCACCAAAAUAUAAGUUUCUCUUAGGUAUUGCUAUAGAUUCCACAUGGUACAUAUUGAGAGGAUUGUGUCAAUAGCAGGACUAGAUAUGUAUUGACAUGUAAACUGCCACUACUGCAUUUUUAUUGAGUCUUUCCCCUUCCUUACGCUGCUCCAUGAUUGGAGAGAGCUGGCCUCUUUCUGAAGGCCAGUAGCCUGCUUUGAAAUACAAACUAAGGCAAUUGCUGGUUUAGCCUAGAUUUUUUACUAUGAUGUGGGUUCCAAAACAAGACCAGAAGUGAACUCUAAGGUCUCUUCUGGUCAAGGAUAUCAUUGGAUUAUCCCCAUUUCUUAUUUGUUUUGCUGUCGUUCAUCAGGCAUUUACGUAGGGCUGCUCUAUGUAUUCUUUGACAAUAACCAUCCAAGAUAAUUAUCAUUUUUCUAGGGAUUAUAUUUGUGUCGGUGUUGAUGAUAAACUAUUCUUCCUCCAUCAAAAUAAUGUUAAUUCCUGUUGUUUUUCUCUUUCCCUAAAGGUAGCAAGUGGUAAUUUGUUAGUAAUUCUGUCACGUCAUUAUCAGUGUAUCUCAUGUCUGAAAUUCACCGAUGAUGGCUCUCACUUCUUGUCAUCCGGGGAAGAUAACUUGGUGUUGGUGUGGAAAAUGGCAAGGUAUACUUCAACAUGUUGAGUUUAAUCUCAGUUGCGGUCACUCCAUAUUAAAGAAUGUCUAUCAGAUGAGAGCAUGGAAGUUUUUUGCAGACACCAACUUACAUCAACUAGUAUAAGAAAACUUACUGUAUCUCCCACUUAUCUCAUACUUAUUGUAUCUCCCACUUGCCACGGUUUUAUCCCCACCAAUGAUGGUGUGGGUUUUGGUAUUUGUUUCUUUAGGAUUUUGUCACUUGCAUCAAGUGCUACAGGAGCAUUUGAAUCAGCCUUGAGUCCUUAUUAUACUUGGUCUGACCACGCCCUUCCAGUUACCGAUAUUCACUGUGGCUGUGGUGGUAUGAGAGGUCAUGUGAUCACCUCUUCUCUUGAUCAAACAUGCAAGGUAAAGUUCCACAUCAAAGCUUAAAAUAUUUUUAAUAACUAAUGCAUAGCAAUAUUGCUAGAAAAUACAGUGGGAAAUGCAGGGUCCGAAAUUAACUUUUUAAUAUGAGCACCAACUGGCGAUCAAGUAUAAAGUUUUGGUCGCCAGAGGGCAAAUUGUGGUCGCCAAAAAUUCCCCCUCCCUUUUUUUAAAAAUAAAAGUUUAAACAUGAAUAAAAGAUGUAUAGUAUGGACGUUUUUGUGCUUAAAAAUUGCAAUACUUCCGCUCCCGAUACCAGAAAGCAACCGUACGUGUACGAGUGAAGUCUCAUUUUUUCCACAAAUUACUUUUUGGACAUAUACAUGUAAAGCCAUCUGAUCUAGAACGUAGGAACAGAAAGCUGUCUGCCCAUGACUGCACCGGAUCAUAUCAAAACUGUUUUCUUCAGAUAACUACGGCGAAACAAUCCACGAAACAACCACGAAACAUAACCGCCAUGUUGUUCGUACCAGGCCACAUUUUUUUCUGUGCCACAUUACUCGUAAUGGCGGCUUGGAAACGUUCAACUCGUAUUGAUAGUAGUUGUUGUGGAGGUAUUAUUACAGGAAGCUCCGUUUCACUUAAGUAAAAAAUAUCAGCAGGACAAAAAACAAGACACCUGUUAGCAAAUAGCUUUGAGGUUUCAAUUCUUAAUCAGUUUCUCCGAACGUUUAAGUCCACAAUAACAACCAGCUUUACAAGUCGCUAGUUGGCAACCAGCUAUGAAAUUCUGGUCGCCAGGACUAAAUUCUUAGUCGCAUUGGUGACCAGGAAAGCGCAAUUUCGGACCCUGAAAUGAUAGCAAUGCACUUGAGGGAAGAGGAAACACAGGAGACUCCAUUUUUUCUUUGUGGCACUCCAUAUUCUGCAUUGUAUGUCUCUUUAUAAUUCCAUGAAACAUUAGAGCUGCCUCACACCUCAAAUUAACUACCACAAACAACAGCACUAAUAGUUUUGAAAGUCUGACUGAUGAAAUUCUUGGACACUUUUAUUAUGACUCAUAAUUUGGUAAUCUCUUGUUUCAGUCUGACUUAUGUGAUCAUAAUGGUGAGAGAGGUGUCUGUGGAAGGGUGAUUGUAGACACUGUAGCAUGAAUCAGGAAAACUGAGAUUUGCGUGAAUAAAUGGCAAAAAAAAUAUUAUCCAGGUUCACUUUAUCCAGCAGAUGUUUGGAUUGAGACACUCAGUUAUGUAUAAGAGAGUGGCAUGCAUGUAACAUAUAAAGUCCUCAUUUUAUAUAUUGUUUUGUUUCUAGUUGUAUGACCUGAGUUCUGGGGAGCUCUUGUGUUCAUUCGUUUUUAAUGUUGGAGUCACUGCUGUAACCAUGGAUACUUCAGAACAGAGUUUGUUUGCAGGAUGUACCAAUGGGCACAUUUACCAAGUAGAACUUUCCAGACGGGUAUGAACCCUAGGUUAAAGCUGGGAUCAAUAUAGGUUUCUGCGAAACUGCACACCUACCCCUUCCCUAAGCCAACAUUAUCACUUACUUCUCACUUAGGGCAAAAUGUUGGCUUAGGGUGGGCUAGGUGGGCAGUUUCCUAUUCAUCCAAGCACUGUAGUGUUUUUGGUUUUUCUGUGGCUGUAUGAACAGAGGAGCCGCAUAUCUAUACUUCCUUUACCAGUUACAGAUGCUCAGUGAAGUACCAUUAAGGAAAUUAAAUAAUUAUAGCAACUGUUAUUUUGUUCAUCAAUGUAACCCCUUAUUCUUUUUUCCUUUUCAUUUUUCAUUGAUUAAAGGAUGCAAAUUAAGCCUUAAUUGUAACUUAGGACCUAUUCACUCUUGCAAAAUAUGAUAAGAUUUAGAUAACUUUCAGGGUUUUUUUAAUUUCUAACAAUCACCUCUAUCAUUCUUAUAUGGAAAAAACAUUUUAAUAAUGCUAUAAUCUUUUUUACAAUGCACCAUCUUUGACAUGAUUUUCAGGGUAUGAAGAAUAAUAUUCACAUGGAAAAAGAAGAAUCACUAAUCUUCACUGGUCCCAGGUGUUUUAUUUUUCUUUAAUGACAGGUUAAUUUAGAUCUUAUCUUCUGCCAAAUGUUAGCACUUUUCAGUUGGUUGACAUAGUGAUCAAAAGGAUCAACCACUUUCCAGUGCAAAAGAAACAUAGCCACCUCUGCCAUUUUUAGUAUCCAUCUGCUUGGAACUCAUUCUCUCUCCCAGGGUCUUUUUUUUAAAAAUAUGUCAUAAUCAGGGAUACUUUGAACUCAGUCACACAACCCUUUUAUGACAAAGACUCCAAAAUAAUGACUUUUUUCACCAAAUUAUUGAAGUAAAAUGUAAGGGGCGAGCCCCAGAUAUAACCAACACAUUUUAAAGUCUCUUAGCAUGUAGAUCAAGGUUUCACUGUUACAUAAAUCAGUAUUGACUGAUUUUAUUCCUCUCUGCUAGUAAACAAGUGAACAGUGUAGCAGUCAGCAUGGAUGGUUCUCUUCUCUUGUCAGGCUCUGAAGAUCAAACUGCUCGUGUUUGGCACGUUUACAGUAGACAGUGUCUGAGGGUGCUGAAUCACAGAGGUAAUAUGAACCUUUUGAUUGGACUCCAGUCAGUUCUUGCUUUGCGGACACCUCACUAUUACAGACACAUCAAUAAUACCUAUAGCAACUACACCCCUAGGCAAAAAAGUUAUUACACUAGUUUGACUAAAUUUAUCUUCCAGUGUUACUGACUCCCUAGGGGAGGGGAGGUAUCCAACAAAGUUUUUACGGGAGGCCCCGCCCGGAAGUCCAACCUCUUAUAUUUUUAUACACAUUUUUGCCAGAAAGGGUAUUCCUUUCAUAUACCUUCUAUUGACAAAUGGUAUCCCUUGGACAUACCUAGUUUAGAAAUUCACAUUGCUUUUAAAUGCUGAAAAAUAAACCUCAAACAAGAGCGUUUUCUCGACUUUUUCACUGUCAUAAAAUGCAUCUGUUAGUCCUUUUGGCCUUUUAACGCACCAAAAUGACAGAUUUCCCUACCCUUUCACACACUUCAGCAAGCAGCAACAAUAUCAUGUGAUGGAGAGGGGAAGUGUGACGUCACGUUACCAUGGUAGCAAAAUUUCUGGAUCACAACAAUAGUGAGCUUAAGGUGACAUUACGCGAAACCAUUCGCAACGACGAUUUUUAGCGCAACACAGUUUUGCUAUGUUGGAACAGUGUUGCAAUCAUUUGAAACAAUGUCACAACAAUGUUGCAACGCUGUUUUGCGCUAAAAAUCGUCGUUGCGAAUUGUCCCCUGUAAAACUUCCUAAUUUCACUCGCCCGCUUUAUGGAUUAGGUGAACACAACACAAAAAUUUCUAUUUCUUUUUGUUACCUUAGAGACGGUUCCUUCAGACUCAACCCUAGAAAAUUUUGCCAAAAUUUGACAAAUUAAAUGAAAUUGAAUAAGAUUGAUAAAACAGUGCGAAUUCACUUUUUAAGUGACGUUUUCGGUUUGAUGUCAAUCAGACAUUUUACUGCCAUGGCAACUUGACGAACUGACUUCUCCUCUCUAUAAAUAUAUAAGCUUUGGCAGCCUUCAACAACGAAGCCAACCUACCAUGUUUCUUUGCAGGCGGGGUGACAAACGCUUGUAUCGUUCUCAGGCCCCUCUAUCUUGACAGUGCCCCUACAAAGUCUUCCCUUUCUCCGAUACAGCCUUUUAAAAGACACAUGCAUGUACCUGUACAGUCACGUGAUCGUCAGUUGACGGGUCUUUCAAGUCCAACUGAUGGCGGCGAUUCUCACGCAGAUGGCAUUCCCAUGGUCCUUAGGGGGAAUUUGUUGGCUGAGGUAAGCAGUCUCAUGGUCCUUAGGGGGAAUUUUGUGGCUGAGGUAUGAUAACGGUAACUAGGAAAUCUCAAUUUGGCGUGAAACGAGGGAUGCUUCUGAUUUUAUCAUUCGGUACAAUGUGGUUUCAAUGAGCGAGCCUGUGACCAUUCAAAUGAAAGCUUCUGAGCUCUGCACAGUAUUUUAUGCUUUUCUAAGCAGAAGGUUCUAAAUUUUGAGUCUGAGGAUGAAAUCCUCUCGUAUAACCGUGCUGCCACCAUAAAACAUAAAAAAGAUCACGGUAAGGAUAUCUUUUUUACCGUGCUGAAAAUUUUCGAAUAGCUUACUAAGCAAACUUUUUUUUUUUCAUUUUUUUCUGAUCCUGAGCUUUAUAAGCUUUAAUCUGUGUGAUAGAUAACCGAUUCAGUUGGGUUUUUUUGUUUGUUAGGGAAACAAUCUGGAAAAUUUAGAGGACAAGCGUGAAGUGAUGGUGCGACAAAUUCUCAAUGACGUAAGUGCCUUUGAUCUUAAGCCGCGUUAUAUUUUCUCUGUAAGUUAAAUACAGAGCCUCUGUAUGGCUAUUUCUGACGAAACCGAAGCGGCGAUGAUCGCUAUUGAUGAAGCGAUGAUCUUAGAGAUUAAAGCGACGAUUGCAUGGUCUUUCCAAUCAAGCUAAACAACGUUAGUCGUGCAAUGACGGCAAAGAAAUCUGCCUAAAACUGUGCUACGCGUUCAGAGUUUUAAACCCGCUGCAGUUUUGUUUUCUUGUUUCGGUCGUGAUUGUGGUUGCGCUGAGCUCGCUAUUAGCGUUACCACGCAAAACAAUUCUUGAUAUGCGGAGAUUUUAACUGAAGAGUCGAUUAUUUGAUGGAAAACGUGCGACGACAUCGACGUCCUUAAGUACCCAUACAGAGGCUCGGGUAAGAAUAAAGGAAACAAUCAUUAAACCUCUGCCUUCAAACUUACUCUCCUAAGCGACAAGCUCUAGUCAUCACCAGGUUUUAACAAACUUGAGAUGGUCACUUAAUGAGAUGAUGUACUUACUGAAUUGUUUUCAUGUUAGGUCUCCAAGUUUGACGGACGCGAUGCUGGACUAGAAGAGAAGCGAAAGCUAUCUCGUACUGAACUGGAGGAGGAAUUAGAAAGCGUCGGACGAGUAAACCGAAAGUUUUACAGAUUUGCCGUGGACGAGUUGAUGAAAGAGGUCUAUGAAGUCACAGAGAAAGAUGGUACCUGAGGAGCCUUGUUUGUAAUCUGAGGGGCUCUUAAAGAGGAUCAAGCCAGCGAUGAAACAGUUAGCGUGAAAUUUUUAGACUUGUCGUGGACGAGUUACUGAAAGAACUCGGCGAGGUCAGGUGUAUGACUAGGGCGGAUUACUAUGAAAGGCACCAAGAGAGAAGCAAGGCUGAGAUUCAAUUCUAAAACCGAAAGUUUUACAGAUUUGUAAUGUUUCAGUUAAUGAAAGUCCCCAUGGUCAAUAAGAAGAAUGCCUUAAAAGACUUGGU